CCAAAGACAUUAUCCAUAGAGUAGAAUAAAUAUUAAAAGGAAUUAUCAUAGCAACAUUCAACACUAAAAUCAAUACAUCAUACUAUUUGCGUUUACCAAAUCAAUAAAUCAUAUGCGCGUGGAAUAAUUACAUUUUAAAUCAUUAAAGUUUCAAUUCUGGCCGAAGCUGGUAAUCGUUGAGGGCGGUGAAUUGUCUCUAAACAUGUCUCAACGGAAUCUAAGGAAGCUGCAGGGAGGUACAAGGCUCCCCCCACCAAACGAGAGUUCAGAUGAAGAGUAUGAACCUCUUUAUGCAAAGAACAACCAGAAGAGUACUUACGAAGGGCUGGUCGUAAGUUCGAGUUCUGAGGCUGAAAAUGAGUCAGAUCGUUCAACAUCCGAAAAUUCUGAACCGGAAGAAAAAGAAGUGAAACCGAAAAACGCUAAGAAACAACAAAAGAAGAAAAAAUCGAAAUCGAAGAAUGAAGCUAGGAACGAUUUGGACGAAAUAGACAAGUCCCUUCUUGAAGUAAACGCCUUGUUGGGCGAACCUUCGGCAGCAGUCGUCAGUGUUCCGGAACCGAAGCCAGACGAACAUCAAACAAUUUUCUCGACUAAAUAUAAACACUUGAAUGUCGUUUAUGAACUUAACCGCAUUUUCGGACGCGAUACUGACGAGGAGAAUACACGCCGUGUUAUUCGCGGAAGGGAGCCCAAUUUGAAGCGCAUACAGAGAAAUACAUUAAUUCGGAAGGACUAUAACUUCAAAAAGGGUGGUCUCUUUAUGUCAGUGAAUCGCCGUGAAAAUGAUCUAACGUUUUUCACAUUCGAUCAUAGCCGUGGAUACCAGCGCAUACACAGAGACUUCUUAAUGAACCUGAUACAAAGGGGUACGCUGUCUGAGUUUGAGGUAUCGUUAAAGAAUAUGCACGUCGAGGCACUUCUGGAAGAUGUAGAUAUAUUGUUCCGUGAGGGUGACAACACAGGCGCUAACACUGUUUUGGAAUACAUUAUUGCAUACAUGCAGUUCGUUGCUCACCCGUCGUUCAACAUUACAAAUAUACGCACUCGCCUCGAAUACAAGUUCAUGGAGAAUCGACCAUUCCACAUAGCUCUUUUGAAGUACUUACAUCUUCUGACUAAUAGAGCCUGCCAUCGCACUGCUCUAGAAAUAGCCAAAUUGCUUCUCAAUCUUGAUCCAACUGACCCACUAGCGGUUGUGUUCAUAAUAGACACAGUGGCUCUUAGAGCCAGGGAACACCAGUGGCUUAUUGAAGCCAUCGACUACCUAGAUAAAGAAAGGGAGGCAGGUUUCCUGUUUAAUAUAAAAUAUUCGUAUGCUUUGGCUCAUUUCCAUGUUGCGAGCAAGAAAAAUGGUAAUCUGACCUCAAAGGAGAAUUUAAAGCACGCCGAUGAUCUGUUAAAGAAAGCAAUGAUAGCGUUCCCCUGGACCAUGACCGAGCUUCUCGAUGCGUCUAAACAGUUUUCCGAUGAGUAUCUUAGGAAACACGAACUUUUUGAUACUUUUGCCAGCUCCUCAACAUGCAAAAAUCUCAAAAAUUUGACAAACCUGUAUGUGGCAUUCGCUGGUUCCUGGUGGAACGAACAGCCAGUACGUGAGUGGCUUCUCAGAAAUGGAAAGGAACUCGUCGAUAAAUACGACAAUGAUAUCGAUUUCAAGAAAGAGGUUAAAAACAUGGAACAAGUACGGAAUUCUCUGUUCCGCGGCAUGCCGAUAGAAGUGCAACGUCAUCUCAGCGCCAUAAAAAACAUGGCUGAUCUACUCAUUGAUAGGGAAGUUCCCUACAUAACACCGACUCACAGCUUCGACCCGCACCCGCCACGCUACGGCAUCAACCGCUACAACUACGUCACAUCCCCGAACGUCGCCUACUUGCAGUUGAACUUUGACAACGCGCUCAUCACCAACUUCUUCGCCUCCCUCCACCCUAACUUUGAAGUGCCCACACAUGACGAGAUUUAUGAUUAUUAUCAUUCGAACCAAGUACUGAAUGCACUUAGAAACGCUACUUUUGGCGACAACAACGAUGGUGACGAUAGCAGCGAAAACGAUGAUGACAGUGACGACGUUGACAGUGAUGACGUCGACAGCGAUGACGUUAACAGCAAUGAUCUAGACAGCGAUGACGAAGAAAGCGAGGAAGAGAGUGAGGAUGAAGACAGGGACGUGUCUGAAGAUCAGUAUACCGAUGAUGAGAAUGAUGACGAAAAUGAGGAAGGGGAAAAAUCCGGCGCAGAGAGUGAUGAUCAAAAUAAUCAAGAUGAAAACGAUCCUGAAUCUGAAGAUCGUCCAACCUCCAUAUUUUGUAUCAUCGCAACAGAGUUCUGUGAGCGUUUUUCCUUUUGUGGCUUAAGAACAAUUUUAUCAUUGUAUUUGCGAAACAUGUUAUGCCUCCACGAAAACGCAGCUACUGUUGUCUAUCAUAUUUUUAUUAUGAUGUGUUAUACUAUGCCUUUAAUAGGAGCAAUUUUAGCUGAUAACUUUAUUGGAAGAUAUCGGGUAAUUUUAUAUUUUUCAAUUAUCUAUUUUAUUGGCACAAUUUUUCUUUGUUGUUCUGCUAUUCCUCCGUUGCAGCUUCCGCCAACUUCGACGUCAAUGCUGGGUUUGGCUCUAAUAGCCACAGGAACUGGCGGUAUCAAGCCCUGUGUAGCUGCUUUUGGUGGUGAUCAGUUCCGUUUACCAAACGAGAAUCAGCAAUUACAAAAAUUCUUUUCAACAUUUUAUUGUACUGCGAACUUCGGUGGUUUUAUGGGGAUGGUGGUGACACCAGCUCUCCGUAGAAGUGUUAUGUGCUUUGGCGACGACGCUUGCUACGCACUUGGUUUUGGGUUUCCUGCUGUCCUUGUAAUUACUUCCAUUAUUAUAUUCGUUCUGGGUAAACCAUGGUACAGAAUGAAGCAACCACGGGAUAAUAUAACAUUGAAGUUUGUUUUAUGUGCAUGGUAUGCGCUUAGAAAACGUAUACGAUAUAACAAAAAUAUCGAUGGCCCACCUCGUGGUCACUGGUUGGACUACUCGACUGAAAAAUAUGGAGAGAAAUUAGUGACUGAUAUGAAAAUAGUUUGUUCAAUAAUAUAUUUGUAUCUCCCCGUGCCUAUUUUUUGGUCACUCUUUGAUCAACAGGGUUCUCGAUGGACAUUCCAAGCCUCUAGAUUGCGAAGCGAGGCAUUCGGAGUUACAUUGAUGCCAGAUCAGCUUCAAGUGAUGAAUCCCGCAAUGGUUUUGCUAAUGAUCCCGGUCUGCCCCGGCGGCGCUUGGCCAGUGUUACCUGAUCUCUCUCCGUUACAGAAAAUGUUUGCGGGUGGAAUUUUAGCUGCAUUAGCUUUUAUGUGUGCUGGUAUUCUUCAGAUAGGUAUAGAGCGUUCGACUUUACAACCACCUGGCCAUGAGGAGACGGGACUCGUAGCGCUGAACACACUAGCGUGUCCCGUGGAUUUGUCCGUAAGUGGAAUGGGUUCAGCGCAAGUGGACGCUCGUGGUACGGCAAUUAUGUCACCUUUACCCCAUUGCACAUACGAUAUAGUUGUGUCUUGCCCACGUGAUUGUUAUGGAAGAAUCAUGAAGCAACAUGACGUCAGAACUCGCUUAAAAACUGUUGCUGGAAUGUUUAUACCAGUCAUUAUAGGACAAAAUUCAAAUGAUGAAAUAUCAGUCUAUUUCAUGGAUCCGAGCACAUUCGUAAAGUCGUUAACAGGAAAGCCCAAGUUAAAGGUAGUUUAUAUUGGUGAAACAGGGCCCAACAUGAAUGUGUCAAUAAAUGUAGAAACAGAGAAGAAAUUGAGUGAUAUAUAUUACGUGUCCGAUAAACCAGUCGAUCACAUCGGAGAGUCGGCUUACAUGUGCCUCCAGCCCGGGGAGUUUGAAUGGCGUGCGUCAAGCGCCAACGGUGAUAUAUCAGGGUCCGGUCGUGGUGUAGUACGCGCAGGCGGUGUCUACGUUUUAUGUGUACGCGAGAGGCUAGGACGACUAGACGCUGCCGUUUUACACGCUCCUAACCCACCUAACGAGCUGAAUCUCGCUUGGAUCGUACCACAGUAUGUCCUGGUCUCAAUGGCCGAGAUCAUGUUUGCUGUCUCGGGCCUAGAAUUCUCGUUUACUCAGGCUCCGAAGAGUAUGAAGACAGUUACGAUUGCAGCUUGGUACAUGUCAGUGGCAAUAGGAAAUCUUAUAGUGAUCCUAGUGGCGCAAACAAAAAUAUUUGAGUCUAGGGCGAAAGAAUUUUUUGUGUACGCCGGUAUGCUGAUGGCUGCCAUGUUAGUCUUCUAUCGAAUGGCUGAAGGUUAUUGUUCAAGAACAAUAGAGGGUGACGGAUCCUCCACGGAAAGUCAUCCGUUAUUACAGCACACACAUUCUAGGGUGGUAUCAGUUCACUCUGCAAAGACGCCAUCAAGUCCCUACGUAGAUACAGACAGCAGCGCAUCAUGCCUAGGCCGUAUGGAGCGUGCGCGGACCUCGGCCUGGCCUACGCACGCCGUUGUCCACGUCGGAACUCCUAGCACUACUGAUAGAAAAACUGCUACAUUAGCAAAAAAUUAA